AAGAGUACUGUACGUCACUUCCGUUUCUUCUCAGCAAUGGCGUCCUCCACAGCCAGUGACGGCGUGAGUGAGGAGCAAACGGGGAAAAAAUCGAAAAAGACUAAAAGCCAAGUGGAUGAAUCCGAACUCCUGACAGUUCCCGACGGAUGGAAGGAGCCGCUGUUCACCAAAGAGGAUAACCCCCGCGGUUUGCUGGAGGAGAGUAGCUUUGCCACCCUCUUCCCCAAGUACAGGGAGGCCUACUUGAAAGAGUGCUGGCCUCUGGUGGAGAAGGCUUUAGGAGAGGUGCACAUUAAACCUUCUUUGGACCUGAUAGAAGGCAGCAUGACAGUCUGCACCACUAAGAAGACCUUUGACCCUUAUGCCAUCGUGAGAGCCAGAGAUCUUAUUAAGCUGCUGGCGAGGAGUGUGCCAUUUGAACAGGCUGUAAGAAUAUUACAGGAUGACAUUGCCUGUGACAUCAUCAAAAUCGGCACCAUGGUGAGGAGUAGAGAGCGGUUUGUGAAGCGAAGGCAGCGGCUCAUUGGCCCCAAAGGCUCCACCCUGAAGGCACUGGAAUUACUGACCAACUGCUAUGUGAUGGUGCAGGGGAACACGGUGUCUGCACUGGGACCCUACAGCGGACUAAAGGAGGUUCGUAAAGUGGUGUCGGACACCAUGAAGAACAUUCAUCCCAUUUACAACAUCAAGACUCUGAUGAUCAAACGAGAACUGUCCAAAGACCCCGAACUGCGGAUGCAAAACUGGGAGCGCUUCCUGCCCAAGUUCCGACACAAGAAUCUCGCCAAGCGCAAGGAACCCAAGAAGAAGAGCGUGAAGAAGGAGUACACCCCGUUCCCUCCUCCACAGCCAGAGAGCAAGGUUGACCAGGAGCUGGCCACAGGAGAGUUCUUCCUGCGGGAGAGUGUGAAGAAAAGGAAGAAGAUGGAAGAAAUCAAGGUGAAACAGGCCACCGCACUGACCAAAAAGCAAGAAGAGCGGAACAAAGCCUUCAUUCCUCCUAAAGAGAAGCCUCUGAUGAAGAAGACUGCUAAAGCUCCUACAGAAGGCAAGCUGGACAUCGAAGCUAUAAAGGACAAAGUAAAGAAAGCCAAAACAAAGAAACUGGGUGCUCCACCAUUAAACCCUGCAGCUCCCACCAGCAGCACCAGUGAGAAGAAGAAGAAGAAGAGCAACAAAGCGAAAAGCAAAGGCUAACUGUGCACUGUGCUGUGGUACGUGUUGGACAGAGAAAAGACUCUGAGCUCACAGCAAGAAGAGUUUCAGUGAAUGUGUAGAGCGUGGAUCAAGAUGAUGCUUCAUCGUCUGUCUUGACGUUCCUUUUUACAGAGUUACAGUGACGGGAAUUGUUUUUUUCCUUCUGUUUGACUCGCUUGCUAUUAAUUAUUUCCAGAAAAAAGAAGAGGAACAAAAAUGUUGUAAAAUUAAAGGAGUUGUUUUCUUUUUUAAAUAAACUAGGUCUUGUUUUCUUACA